UUUGAAUGUGGCGUAUGACGGACGUACGAAUUUGAAUAAUAAAACAAAAACAAACGAUUAAAAUUAAUAUUUAAAUUUAAAAAAAAAGUAGAAAAUAAAACGCGUGUUGGUUCUAACAAAAUCAGAAUCUAAAGCAAAAAGAUUCAAAUCAACACCUUUAAUUUCUUUUAUUGAGCACGAAAACUAACCUGAAUUCUAAUCCUCACGAUUGUAUUGUACCACCCACCCGGAGCUUUAAAAGCUCUUACGAAUUGUUGUUGUUGUUGUACCAGAAACUCCACCUAUUUUAAGUAGUUUAUUUUAAAUUAGUUGUUUAAGGAGAAUCCUAAAAUCACAACAUCUAAACUGACUCCAAAUCUACUGCAAAAUGGGAGCCUUUUCCAGAAAGCCUAGAGUCAAUAAGACUCUAAUAUCACUGAAAGUGGUAGCCUUCUUUGUACUGAGUGGUAUCUCCGCCUUGCAUAUACUCAACAAUCGCAUGCCCUCAGUGUUGGGUUUAAAUUUCGAUGAAUAUCGCAACAUAACCAUUAUUGCCUCGUUCGUAUCCAUUUUGGGUCCCCUCAUAGCCGGUCCUUUGGCAGAUCGUUUUGCCGCCAAAAAUCCAAACAACUUCGGCAAGACACUCAGAAUAUUAACCGCUAUAUUCCUGCUAAUAACCGCUAUUAUUUAUGCCUGUUUGUUUGCGGUGCCCGAGGUGAAACGCGGAGAAGCACAUCAGCCGUUAGUUAGUUUCGGUUGUGAUGCCAAAGGAGCCGUUAUAUUCCAGCAACGUUGCUCGGAAGACAAUCAAUGUCAUCACUGGAAGUCCAAGGUAGGCAGUGUUAAUCUAACCAGAUGUACAUACACCUGUCAAGAUCCCACACAAUAUGAAAAUAUGUAUACACCUUGGUUGGAGAGUAUACCCACACCCUCACCCUCCACCGAACAUAGCUCCGAAUUUGAUUAUGAAGAUGAAUCGGUGGCUGCGGUAACAGAGAGUUUAAGAACACGCAGAAAUGCCCAACAUGUUGAGCAGUCAUCUGAAUUGGGUGCCGCAGAAGUAAUGAGUUCUGAAGUGUUGUCCAGACAGAAGAGAGCUUUCAAAUCGGCCCCCAAUAAGGUAUAUGUAGAGCCGCCACACUUGUGUAUGACCGAACUUAAUGAGGAGGGUGAAAGUGUGGUGAAACACUGUCAUGUUUAUACCGAUGAUACCAGCAGUAUUUUGGUGCACACCGUCAUGAAGGCCGCUACCAAUGUAGAGAAUGAUACACAUUCUGCCGAAUGGUGUAAUUAUCCUUUGGAUGGUUUCCAAUGUCAGAUACCAUUGCAACAGGCUAACUACAUGAUCCAACUGAAGAAUAACAGCGACUGCAAGCCCAUGAUUGAAUGCCAGGUUAUUGAUCCUUAUGGCAGCAAAGGCAGCGUUUUGGCCGAUAGUGAAUGCGUGAAGAUCGAAGGUGAUUUGGACGCCACUUUGGCUGGUUACACUGCCAUACGCAUAUUGGGCGACAUCUUCGCUUUAGCCUGUUUGACAUUGCUGAAUACCGCCAUUGUGAUUGCCGUCCGUGAGACUUCCGAGGGUAGAGGAGAAGUUUGCCGUCAAUAUGCCUGGGGUGCUGUGGGUUAUGUGAUCCUCUUCAGUUCCUUGGACUUGUUCUUCUUCAAAGAAGCUGCUGGCAUGACUGUAGCUUUAGUUUUAGUUAUAGUCUGCUUUGUAGUGGGUGCUUUAGUGCUGUUGUUUUCUUCCCAAAUGCCUUUGAGUCCACCCGAAUGGUGGUGGCAUACCAAGACCGGCAUGUUGGUCUUUCCCAUGUCCGCCAUUAGGAAAUAUAGUCCAGAGAUUUUUGUUUUAACAUUGGUGGCCAUUUUGUUUGGCACUUUCUGGGGCAGUAUACACAGCUAUUUGUACUGGAGCUUUUUGGGAGAAUAUGUUGCCUAUUUCGAGGGCUUGCUUUUGAUUUUGGUGUUGUUCUUUAAUGUCGAUAAGUUUAUAGAAUAUUGCGGUCAUUCGAAUAUUUUCAUUGGCGGCUUUGCCAUGUUCAUCAUACGUUUCACUGCUUUGGCCAGCAAGGACACCAAUUGGUUGACCAAUAUUAUGGAGAUUUUUGAGCCUGUGAUUUUGGGCAUUGUCUGGAUUACCAUUAUUUUGUAUAUGCGUCAUGCCAUGCCACGUAAAUUCACCGCCACUGGCCAGGCUUUGGCUGUUAUUGCCUUCUUUGCUUUGGGCAAAGGUUUUGGUGCUUUAAUUGGUUUGGUGCACGACGACAAAAAGGGCAUACACACCGAUGAUGAUCUCAUUAAGUACGAAUGGCUAUCGGUGACUGCCUGCAUUAUUGCCUUGAUCUAUUUCGUGAUCUAUAAUCUAAUAUUGGCUCCACGUUGUGCCGCCAAACCUGUCCAUCUAGAUGAUUUAAUGUCCGGCUCAGCCUCCCAAACAUUUGCCAGUGGUGCUGGCGGUACCGGGGGUAAUGGCAGCGCAGGCGCCGCCCUUAAUGGUAACGGUGCUGGACCCACUAACGGCAAUGCCAACAGUUAUUCACCCUUAAGAGUGUAUCACAACGAAAGAGGAAAGAAGGGUCAAUUUAGGUAUUAAAUUUUGUUUUUAGUUACAUACAUAAAUAUUUUUUUUAUUUACACUAACUAAAGGAUGAUGUUUUUUUUUCUAACUAUUAUUUUGUUUAAUUUAAUAAAUACAAUAAUAAAAAAAGAUUAUAUUAAGCUUAAUAAAAUGACAAAAUUAAAUAA